GAUUGGGGGAAUGCAGGAAAAACCCCAGCCCUCCCCACAGAGCCUCAGCAGUGACAGCUACUUCCUGGAUGAGAAGAGCCGCCGUGAAGCCAGCAGGGAAGCCAGCCCCACAGCCAAGGGCCCCCCAGCCUCCUCACAGCUCCCCACAGCCUGGACCUGCCGGCCCUCCCUCCAGGACCGAGGGGCUCCCAAGGGAAAUUCAGGCGUGUGCUGGUCCCAAUGUCAGUGAAACCCAGCUGGGGGCCCGGCCCCUCGGAGGGGGUCACCGCAGUGCCUGCCAGUGACCUUGGAGAGAUCCACAACUGGACCGAGCUGCUCGACCUCUUCAACCACACUUUGUUUGAGUGCCACGUGGAGCUCAGCCAGAGCACCAAGCGCGUGGUCCUCUUUGCCCUCUACCUGGCCAUGUUUGUGGUUGGGCUGGUGGAGAACCUCCUGGUGAUCUGCGUCAACUGGCACGGCUCAGGCCGGGCGGGGCUGCUGAACCUCUACAUCCUCAACAUGGCCAUCGCGGACCUGGGCAUCGUCCUGUCUCUGCCCGUGUGGAUGCUGGAGGUCACGCUGGACUACACCUGGCUCUGGGGCAGCUUCUCCUGUCGCUUCACUCACUACUUCUACUUUGUCAACAUGUACAGCAGCAUCUUCUUCCUGGUGUGCCUCAGUGUUGACCGCUAUGUCACCCUCACCGGCGCCUCCCCCUCCUGGCAGCGUUACCAGCACCGAGUGCGGCGGACCAUGUGUGCGGGCAUCUGGGUCCUCUCGGCCAUCAUCCCGCUGCCUGAGGUGGUCCACAUCCAGCUGGUGGAGGGCCCUGAGCCCAUGUGCCUCUUCAUGGCACCUUUUGAAACGUACAGCACCUGGGCCCUGGCAGUGGCCCUGUCCACCACCAUCCUGGGCUUCCUGCUGCCCUUCCCUCUCAUUGCAGUCUUCAAUGUGCUGACAGCCUGCCGGCUGCGGCAGCCAGGACAACCCAAGAGCCGGCGCCACUGCCUGCUGAUGUGUGCCUACGUGGCUGUCUUUGUCAUGUGCUGGCUGCCCUAUCAUGUGACCCUGCUGCUGCUCACACUGCAUGGGACCCACAUCUCCCUCCACUGCCACCUGGUCCACUUGCUCUACUUCUUCUAUGAUGUCAUCGACUGCUUCUCCAUGCUGCACUGUGUCAUCAACCCCAUCCUUUACAACUUUCUCAGCCCACACUUCCGGGGCCGGCUCCUGAACGCUGUAGUCCAUUACCUUCCUAAGGACCAGACCAAGGCGGGCACACGUGCCUCCUCUUCCUCCUGUUCUACCCAGCAUUCCAUCAUCAUCACCAAGGGGGACAGCCAGCCCGCUGCAGCAGCCCCCCACCCUGAGCCAAGCCUGAGCUUUCAGGCGCUCCAUUUGCUUCCAAAUACUUCCCCCAUCUCUCCCCCUCAACCUCUUACACCUAGCUGAGGUAGAGGCCAGGCUCCUCCAACAGUGAAGGAAAAGGCACAGGUGAGAGGGAGAUUUGGGGGGAUGUACAGGGGAGAGUCAAAGCAUUCAUGGUCAAUUUUGAAUCUAUCUUAAAAUACUGACGUGUGGAGAGAGAGACAGGAUCAGGAGGGACAGAGAGCAGGCCCUCAGUGUUGUACUAUUUGUCUCGGUUCUUGUGUCUAAGCAGCCAUGCAGAAAAAAAGGUGAAAUAAAUGGAAGAGAUAGCCAUGGA